AUGUUCGUGGCGAACUUCGAGUACAAAGACGGGCAGGGAGAUGAAAGGCAUGUGAUGGUCAAGUCACGCAGGACAGGGCUAUUGUGCAUGAGAGCCAAGUCGACUGAUCUCGUGAUUUCCGACCAGGCGGGUAAACUCAUGCUUUUGUCGGCAGAGAGGCGGCGUAGCAUCGACGUGCGUCAAGGCAACGCAACUCUGACAAGUCAAGAGCCAGGACUAGAAGAGUCUUCUCGAUGGCAACACGAGCGCUGGCAUUCGCUCACCGAAUUCCGAAUUCCUCCCAUUGUCACAAUGGACGCGAUAUUGAACGGGCCUGCCAUGGCGCCGCCUGCGGGCGAGACGUCAGACUUCGAGAAUCCGCCCAAUGAGAAUGGACUGGCCAUCGGUGUGCUUGUCACGAUGAUUGUCAUUUCCACCUUUUGUGUCCUGGUCCGCCUGUACGCGCGUGUAUACUUGCUGAGGAAAGUUCAAGUUGAAGAGAACUUUGCAAUGGUCGAGACUCCAGGCUACUUUGUGCACACAUGGAACGUGAGGGUAAAGGACAUGCUGCCCACCCAAUACUAUAUCCUCGUCUUCGGAGUCUGUUACUCCUUCGUACUUCCGUUUCUCAAGGUCGCUAUCCUCACGGAGUGGACUCGCAUGUUCGUUCCUAGGGGCACUCACAUGAAGAAUGCCUUCUUCUGGGGCUGCAUGACAGUCUGUUUCGUCCAAAUUGGGGCAGGAGUUGCCACUAUCAUUGCUCUCAAUCUCCAGUGCAUUCCUCACGCCGCCAUUUGGGAUCUUACCAUCACAGACGCUCAGUGUUUCGAACUUUACCCGCUCCAGGUGUCUUCGGCCAGCAUCCAGCUCGUCUCUGAUAUUGCCAUUUUCUUAUUGCCACAGCGUGUCAUUUGGACUCUGAAAAUGACAUGGCAGAAGAGGCUGGGCGUCUCCGUGGUCUUCGGCCUCGGCUUGCUCGCCUGCGUUUCGGCAGCCUUCAGACUGGCCACAACCGUUGCUUAUGGGGAGGCAGCUGACGCGAUAUAUGCUCUUGGGCCUCUCGUUUUCUGGGCAACAGCAGAGAUGACAUGUGGUUUCUUUGUGUGCUGCAUGCCUUGUAUACCGAAGAUCCUCAGGGACACCGGUGUCCUCAAGAACAUCAAAAGAGCGUUUGGUAUGAAUACAACUACCACCAAAGGACCCUCGAACAACAAAUCGGCCCAAUUCAGCAGCAAUAUAUCGCACGGAAAGUCCGUGACUGCGACGAGCAAGGCCUACUACAAGUUGGACGAGGAUGGAAUUCCGAUGGAUCCGGUUGAAUCUGAGUCCACGGAGCAACUUCACAACGCAAAACUCAGUGCUGGGAUCACACGGACGACUCGUAUAAUUGUCAGUCAGGACAGCCGGCCGAUGACUAGCGAUGUUGAGGCUGGUAAUGGCGCUCGACCGGGCGACCAUAACGACGAGUGGCCCAGGCCAGGGUACAGGUGA